CCAUAUGAGUGUUAUAUCCAUAGGAGUCCAAAUAAAAUGCGCUAUGCCUGAGACGUCCACAAUUCGGAAUUUUCUUUCAGAUCCCUUCAAAGUUCUUAUUCUUGAUGGUGGUCUAGGAACUGAACUGGAGGCCUUGACCGAUGAAACUGACCACCCCCUCUGGUCGUGCAAUGUUCUUGUAAGAUCACCAGAACUCAUUAUCAGCAUUCACGAAUCGUAUUUGAAAGCUGGUGCCCGUUGCAUCAUCACAAGCAGCUAUCAAGCCACAACAUAUGGACUAACAAAGUAUUGUGGUAUGUCUCAAGAGGAGGCUAUCAAUGUGAUUGCGAAGUCUGUUGAGGUGGCGCACGAGGCAAGGCGCCGUUUUUUGAUCACUCAUGAAGAAGAAGCACCUAUAUUUGUAGCUGGCUCGGUAGGACCGUAUGGUGCAUAUUUGUCUGAUGGAACGGAGUACAAUGGCAGUUAUGCCCAGAGCAUCUCUGCGGAAACCUUUAGGGAUUUUCAUCGCCCGCGUAUUGAGACAUUAGUAAAGUCAGGUGUUGAUGUUUUAGCGGUGGAGACCCAACCAUGCGCGAAGGAAGUACUCACUAUUGUGGAUUUAUUGGAGAAUGAAUUCCCUUUGAUUCCCGCUUGGGUAAGCUUUACUCUGAACUCCAAUCAUCAUGGGACUCAAAUAGCUGAUGGAACUACAUUUGAGAAUAUUCUGCCGGUACUCGAGGCGUCCAAUGUGGUUGUGGCCAUUGGUAUAAACUGUGUUCCUUUCCAUAGCGUCACGUCUGCUCUGAAGAGAAUGUCAUCUAUAACUUCAAAACCUCUGGUAGCCUACCCCAACACUCCUGGUUUCUACGACAUAGCCACUAAAACGUGGAUCAAACAUGAUGCAUCUAACGAACUUGAAGAUACACUGUCAGGCAAGUGUGAAACCUGGAUACGUCACGGAGCUCGUAUGAUAGGGGGAUGCUGUCAUAUAAAUAAAGCUGCUAUUCAAGAGUUAUCAAACAAACUAAAUAAAAUGACAUAAAAAAUUACAAA